UGUACUAUUUCCUCAUUUCCUUUCGUCUUAUUCAUUCAGUCUGUUUAGGAUGUCGUGCUGUUGCGUUUUGGCCAAAUUGUGAUUAAAAAUAAUUUUUAAAAAAAUCUAAAAAAUAUCCAAGUGCGCAAAAAUUAAGAAAUGAACAUUCGCCCAUUCAAAUGUGUCUUCUGUGUCUUCUGGCUCGCAGCUCUGGAGGGACUGUCCUGCACACUCAGUCUCCAUGAUAACUUCUUGGAGCCCCUCAAGAGCCUGGGUCUCCAGAGGGAGGCUGGUGAGGCCCAUUCCAAGUUUUCUCUAAGGAAACCAUCAUUGCCUGACGAUGACAUUUGUUACAUUGUGCCAGGCAAAACUGAAACCUUGCACAACUGCAAUUUCAACAGCACAGCCAAAACAUUUCUGGUGAUACAUGGAUGGACGGUGAGUGGGUUGUUUGAGAGCUGGGUGGCCAAACUGGUAGCUGCGCUGUAUAACAGAGAGAAAGAUGCCAAUGUGGUAGUGGUGGACUGGCUGGACACAGCUCAGAAUCACUAUGGCGUGGCGGCGCAAAAUACUCAAGAGGUGGGACAAGAGGUUGGUCGCUUCAUUGAUUGGAUAGAGGAGACGACCAAUAUUCCACUGGAGAAGAUUCAUCUCAUUGGCUACAGCCUCGGUGCCCAUGUUGCUGGAAUCGCAGGUAGCCAUGCCUCCAGAAAAGUUGGAAGAAUAACAGGUCUUGAUCCAGCAGGACCAGAUUUUGAAGGAGUCCACGUGCACUGUCGGCUCUCUCCUGAUGAUGCCCAUUUUGUGGACAUUCUUCACACCUUCUCAGGAGGAACCCUGGGCCUCAGCAUUGGUAUCGAACAGCCGAUCGGCCAUGUGGACAUCUACCCCAAUGGAGGAAGCUUCCAACCUGGCUGCAACCUGCGAGGAGCCCUUGAGAACAUCGCACAUUAUGGAUUGCUUGCAAUGAAUGAAGUCAUCAAGUGUGAGCAGGAGAGAUCGGUCCACCUGUUUAUUGACUCCCUCCUGAAUGGAGCAGAGCCCAGUAAAGCCUACAGCUGUGGGAGCAGCACCAUGUUUGAGCGUGGAGUGUGUCUCAGGUGCCAUAAGAACCGUUGCAAUACGGUGGGCUAUGAUGCCAGGAGGGUUCGCAAAGCCCGCAGCGUGAAAAUGUUCACCAAGACCCGAGCCUCCAUGCCAUUUAGAGUUCAUCAUUAUCAGCUGAAGAUUCACUUCACAGCACAGACAAAUCAGUCUGUGACAGAAUCCAUGUUAACAGCUUCCCUUUACGGCACCAAUGGCAAUGCGGAAAAUCUCCAUCUUAAUGUAAGAGGAAAAAUUGGCACCAACACGACCCAUUCCUUUCUCUUGGUUACGGAGGAAGAUAUUGGUGAACUGCUGAUGCUUAAGUUAAAGAUGGAGUACUCUUCCUCACUGCUGAACAUGAUGUGGCCCUGGUGGAACGGAGAUUCCCCUGAACUUCAUGUCCGAAAAAUAAGCAUUUGGAUCGGGGAGACACAAAAAAAGGUUGUAUUUUGUUCAAAGGAUCUCCAAAAUACAAAUCUGCUUCAUGAGGUGAUUUUUGUGAAAUGCAAAAACACAUGGAGGAGAUCGUCUAUGAGGCGCAAGUACAAAAGCGAAUGAGAAGAUAAACUCUAACCCACUGGGAUGAAGCACUUGAAUUAUUAUUUAUUCUGAUCUUAUUUAUUUACCGUAUUUGCAUUUGACCUUAGGGUUAUGUACAUUUUAUAUUAUUGUAUUGUAUUAUUGUAAUUCAUUUAAAACAUUCUUUUUUACAAGCACUUCAAUUUUAACUCAUGGUUGUUUAAUGCAUAAUGAAACGGUACAAAUUUCUGUGAUGGAGAUUUAGUAAAGGCCAAAGACUGGAUGCUAGCAUAUUAAACACCACUGCUGUGCUCUGCUCCUGAACACAGCACUCAGAGAAGCUUAGUCUCAAACCAUGUGUGCCAGAGCUGACAUCAGAGGACUGAACCGAACAGUGGAUUCAGUUAGAAUAAUUAUGAAUGUCUUAGAUUAGAUAUUAGGUUAAGUUAGAUAUUAUAUUAGAUGAAAUUAUUAUAUUAUGUUAUAUUAUGUUAAGUAAGAUUACUUAUUAGAUUAGGUUUGAUUAGAUAUUAGGUAAAAUUAUAUUCGUAGAGAUUAGAUUAAAUAUUAGACUCGACAUUGGGAUAGAUUUAAUUAUAUAUUAGAUUAGAUUACAUUAGAUAUUUGAUUAGACAUUAGUUUAUAUUUGGUUAGAUAACAUUAGAAAUUAGGUUGCGUUAUAUUAGAUAUUAGCUAAUAUGUUAAGUUAUAUUUGGUGUUAAAUCUGAUAUUAGAUUAUAUGUUGGGAUAGAUUCAGUUAGAUAUUAGAUUUGAUUAGAUAUUGGAUUAGGUUAGAUCUUAGAUGGAUAUCACAUUUUUAGCAUAAAAAAUAACCCUAGAUUAGAUUAAGAGUGUAGACUCCAUGAGCAGUUCUUUGAAAAGUAUUUGAACUUCCUAAAAUAGUUUUGUACUUUGAUAAAUCCUGAUGACUGUAGAACCCAAAAUGAUUCCCAGAUGUCUUUCUUGUUUUCAUUUCUUGUCUUGUCUUUACUUGAAGGCACUGAAUGUAUUAAAAUAUUUUGGAAUAUUCUUUUAAUUCUAGACAUCACAUUUUAUUUUAUUUUUUAAUCUGGCCCUACUUUAAAAUGUCUAAAUGGCUAACUGAUAGCAAAGAGAUCUGCUAACCCAGAGAGAAUCUCAGAUUUGUGUUGAAUGUGUGAUGUUUUGCACUUUAAGACAAUGGGAAAUUUUCUUUUCUUUCAUUGUAAGUCACUGUAUAAUAUGAAACAUUAUACAUAUGUGAAUAUGUAAAAAUAUCAAAUAUCUCAAUCAAUAAA